GGUCAAAUUUCUCCGACCAACCGGUGGAGCAUCACCGUGGAAAUUAAAAUCGUCUUGGCGCUUUUGUGGAAUUCUACGUUUAGUAUCGAAAAUCAGACAUGUUGGAUAAAUACCCGAGCGGUGAAUGACUGGCGGAGGUCGUCCAUCCCCGACGCGAAAAGCGAGACGGCAACCGAGAGCGGCAGCAGGACAAGUCGGGCCAGGAUGAACCUGAUCGGGGGCUACCAGCACCACCACCACCACCACCACCACCUCAUGCACGAGCCCUUCCCGUUCGUGCAGCGCUGCCACCAGGACGCGCCCUACUUCCAGAGCUGGGUGCUCAACCACGGCGAGGUGCCUCCGGACUUCCAGAUCCAGGCGCCCUACCAGGCCGGCGCGGAGCUGACGCCGGCCGCCGCCGCCGCCGCCGCUUCGCAGCACGACCACGCCCGCCUGGAGGGCCUGCAGGUCGGCAUGGCCAAGCGGCGGGCGUCGGGGCCCAAGAAGGAGCGCCGGAGGACGGAGAGCAUCAACACGGCGUUCGCCGAGCUGCGGGAGUGCAUCCCCAACGUGCCCGCCGACACCAAAUUGUCCAAAAUCAAGACGUUGCGCCUGGCCACAAGUUACAUCGCGUACCUGAUGGACGUGCUGGCCAAGGACGCCGGAGAGACUGAAGGCUUCAAGGCCGAAAUUAAGAAAUUUGAAAAUCGGGACCUGAAAAGGAAAAGGGAGACGAACGAAGAUCCGCCACAGGACUCGUUCGGUACCGAGAAGAAGGUGAAGGGCCGGACCGGGUGGCCGCAGCAGGUUUGGGCUCUGGAGCUCAACCAGUGACCCCCCCCCCCCCCUCCCCAAUUUCCCCAGGAAAAAGAAACAAAAAAAAAAUCACCAAAAGACCCACAAAAAAAAACCACUUGUACGACUGUACGUAAACGCAUCAUCCGUCUGAAGGACUGUUAAUAUUCUCUCCUGCUGUUUGUUGAAUAAAUGUGUCAUAUUUAUCCCUCCGUCUUGUUGUGUCGCAAACCUCCCACGGUAAAAAAAAAAAAAAAAAAAAAAAAAGUUUAAAUUAUGUUAAAAAUAAAUUAUUAAUUUUUGAGGGAUUUGAAGUAAUUGUAAUUGCAAAACGUGUACUGUCCUUUUGCAAUUUUAUUUGGGGAUCUAGUAGAAUUUUCUUUAUUUUUGGGGAGUUUUCACCUCCUGUUUUGCGUUUGUAUUGGCACAUUUGAGUUCUUGGUCAUUUAUUUGUGACAAUUGUGUGUUAGUUACCCAACGUCACGUCAUUUAAUUGGAUACAACUUUAAAAAGAGAAUAAAAGAAAAUAAGUUAAAUGACACCAUUUGAUAUUUUCCAAGGAGUGUGAAACCAUACUCCGGCAAAAGACGUUAAGAUGUUUUGUUUAUUUUCAUCGUUUUGUUGUAUAAUAAGAAUGCCAAUCUACCUCAACAUGCUCACUGUCCGCUUGAAUCGACACACUAGAAUGUUGUUCACUUUAAACGCAGCUUGACACGCUUCCAAACAAGAAAAAUAACGAUUUCAACUGUUUGUUAUUAGUAUUUUUAUUAUUAUUUGUGCGAAAUGUGGAUGGGAAUGUACAUUAGACGUGAAGCUAUAUAAUAAAUGGAUAUUAUUUUA